UUUGUAAUGUUUGUAAUGCGGUUUUCUUGACAGAUAUCAACGAAGCAAUGUGAAGUUUUCUGCUGAUCACAGAGCAUACAAUAAGAAGAUCCUGAGCUUUCUUCAUAACAGACCAGUGGCAUAUGUCAAUCAUAUCAUGGCCAGAAACACUGAAAUCAGUCCUGCCUCGGUGACAAAGAUAGGAUUGAACCAUUACACUGUCAAGAGCAGUGAGGGAAAGGAAGAGUACAGCAUCCAUCUCAAUCCAGUAAGUUGCUCUUGUACAGAUUUUAUGACAUACAAGCUUCCUUGUAAGCAUCUGUGUGCUAUAACUCGUUGUAGUGACAUGUCAUGGGAUAGCCUGGGAGACUUGUUUAACAAUCAUCCAUUGUAUCGGCUAGACAACUGUGUGGUCAAUCAGCAGCUUCAUAGUAAUGAUUCUGAUGAACCAUUUGCUGAUCCUACUGAUCAAGAAAU